AUGGACAACUAUGUUCAAGCCUUUGGUGCCCACAAGUACGGUUACAACAUUCGCAAAGGAAACUCGACCACAGGCCUUAUCUGUCAUUACCAUUGUCACCGAGGUGGCUUUCCCGCGGCACCCAAGAAGGAAAGUACUCGACCCACCAGAUCGGCACGAAUCGGCUGCAAUUUUAAGCUGACCGCACGACCCAAUCACGCGAAGAAGUCCUGGCUCCUUAUACACACUCAUCUUGGACACAAUCAUCUGCCCAACUACAAUGUCAAACCGAGGAAAAGAAAAGAAAAACCUACAGCCGUAACCACUCCUCAUCCUGAACAGUCCCAAUCGACCCCAUCAACCAUUGAUGAGGCUGCUGUGAGUCAUGAGCCUCUCGCUCCCGCUUCGAAACCUUCUGAUCACGACCAACAUCCUACCGAUAUACCCGACUUACAAGCGAAUUUGGUUCACUUCGUGGCACGGCUCCAAGCGUUAUCUCCUAACACACAGAAAUACAAGAUUGAACAAAUCAACCAUAUUCUCAAGGAAGAACCUCUUAAUUGUCGACCCAGCGAGGAACACGAACUUGAUUUGUCUAUCAAUCAAAUGUUCGAUCAAUUCUUAGGGGCUUUUUCCGAAUCCGACUCAGCGGACAACUCAUUCAUUCAAAUUGCCAACGACCUCAUCCCCAAAGACGCUACGAUAACCUCACCUGAAGGCACAAACGAAGUUAUAAAAGAAGCUACAACCCCACAUCUCGUGGACAAUGCAACAAAGUCGCAAGCAACUGAAGGACUGUUUCGAGCUCAAGACACCCAAAUCAGAGCCAUCCGCGAUAUCCCCACCCAUUGA